AUAUUAAAGGAAGAUGUGCAUGGGUUAUAUGCAAAUGCUGCACUAUUUUUUUAUAAGGGACUUCAGCAUCUCUGGAUUUUGGUAUCCACGGGGGUCCUGGAACCAAUACCCCUCGGAUACCAAGGGACCACUGUAGAACGUUUGCUCCAUGCCACACACUGUUCCAAGCCUCUUCAAAUAUUAAUCGUUCAACCGUCCCAUCCAUCAUCCUUAAGAGGUAGACAUUAUCUUUGUCACCUAAUGAAGGAAAUGGGCACAGACAGGUUAAGUAGCUUGGCAGGUCUCACAGCUGUUGAGCAGAGGCGUGUAUUAAGCCGGGAUUUGAACGCCCUCCCUCUGGCUGCGGAACCUGUGCCAUCCUGCAGGAAACGAACCCAUCCCGGGACCUGGCGCGCCAGGAGGACUCCGCAGGAUGCGCGGCGUGUGCGUGGAACCUGGUAUUCUGCAAGCCUGGACUUCUGAGCUUGGCGCGCGGCUGCAGGGAUUCGCCGGGACUCGCGCCAGGGACCGCGCCCGGGGAUCCUGCAGGGGUGGGAAGGAGGCGCGGGCUCCUUGCUUCCGCCGCAGGGGGGCGCUGCCGGGCUCCCCGGCACUAGCGCUACUGGCGGCCCCGGCGGCCGGGCGUGCCGCCUGCAAGAUGUCCGUGCGCCGCGGCCGGCGGCCGGCGCGGCCGGGGACCCGCCUCUCCUGGCUGCUGUGCCGCAGCGCCCUGCUGUCCCCGGCCGCGGGCUACCUGAUCGUGAGCUCCGUGUCCUGGGUCGUCACCAACGAGAUGGACGAGGAGCUGGACAGCGCCUCCAGUGAGGAGGCUAUGCCCGCGCUGCUGGAGGAUUCGGGCAGCAUCUGGCAGCAAAGCUUCCCCGCCUCGGCUCAUAAGGAGGACGCGCACCUGCGGCCCCGGGCGGGCGCCGCCCGCGCCAGGCCGCCCCCCGCGCCGCCCGGGAUGUUCUCCUACCGGCGCGAGGGCGGCCAGGCGGCCGGUGCGCCCCCGGGCCCUAGACUGCGCGCCGCCACCGCCCGCUCCCUGGCCCACGCCGGCGUCUGGGGCUGCCUGGCCACCGUGUCCGCCCACGAGAAGGAAUAAGUUUGUGGAGUUCGACAUGAAGCCAGUCUGUAAGAAGUGCUAUGAGAAAUUUCCAUUGGAGCUGAAGAAAAGACUUAAGAAACUAGCUGAGACCUUAGGAAGGAAAUAAGUUCCUUUAUUUUUUCUUUUCUAUGCAAGAUAAGAGAUUACCAACAUUACUUGUCUUGAUCUACCCAUAUUUAAAGCUAUAUCUCAAAGCAGGUGAGAGAGAAGAGGACCUGUAUGAAUGGUUUUAUGUCAUUUUUUUAAUUAAAAAAGAAAAAUUCAUAUAAUCGUGUUUAAAACACAGAUGAAGUCAGUAUUUGCCUUUGUUAACCCUUAUCCAUUUGUUGACAUGUAGACUGUCUACAAAAAAAAAACCACGUGGUUAAAUGUUAAAUUUUAAUUAAGGCCCCCCAAAAUUACAUAUGACUUUUUAAAAUGAAGGGAGCCACCUUUUACAUGACUCAGGUGAAAAAACAGUAUAAACAUUAAUUUACUUUGUAUUCAAAAGAAAAUUCCAACUGCUGUUGGGGAAGGACACAGAAAAGAAAAAUAACCACCCAAGAAAAACAAAAACAAGAAAAACAAAUCUUAUACAAUCUUUAGUAUAUUUAUCAAACUAGUAGCUAUAAAGUGAAUAUGCACAUUGCUAAGACAGAAAACAAGUGUAAUUCAGAACUACUUGAUUCUUUUUUAGUUAAAUGCAAUAAUUAUUAUGCUUAGUUUUAUAACCUGCUCUCCUUGUGAAUUCUUCCUUCAAAUGAUUACUUAACACAGUAGUAAUAGCUAGCUAGUAGGAUGUCUUUUAAAUUUUUGUGCAAAAAAAUUUCUACCAGGUAUUUGGAAAUAUACUUUACAAUAUUGGAAAAUGAAGUAUUUUUAAUGUAUUACAGCAAUUAUGUUUCUAAGCUUAAUGUUAAGCAUGUAGUCUUAGAAUAGGACAUGAAAUUAAGUUGUAUGUAGCUUGGAAUGUAUUGCUUCAGAAAACUGAAUGUGUAUGUCAGUCAUAUUGCCUUUAUAACCAUGCUAAUAUCUAUGCUUUAUACAUACUCAAACUUGCCUUGCCUUAAAAAAAUACAUACUACAUACUUAAAUCAGAAAUUCUAGCCAUCUCACAGAAUACCAACUAAAACUAAGUGCAUUGAGAUCUGAGAUUGGGAAACCCAGAUUCAUUUACCACAGCUGUAAUUAAGUUUUUAGAAACUCUAUUCUCCUCUUUUUGGGGAAAUCCAUUGAAGUUAAUUUCUGUUAUCUUAUUAGAAGAAAAUGAUGUUGAUAUGUUUCAGAUUUUCCAUUUCAAAUCUUAUAAUUAAUUGGAUUUAUUUACUAUAAGUAGGAGGUAUAAAUGACACUCUUAAAUUGGAAGGAGGGGUGUUUUAGUGUCUGUUUUAGGUCAAAAUUAGUGAUUCUAUUUUUAUCAAAAGUUUUAUCCUGAAGUUUCAGGACCACUCUUCCUUAAUAAACUUGUUAAUGGAAAGCAAGCUUUAUGAACAUUUAAAAAUGUUGCUGCUGCUUUGUUACUUAAAAAGAAAGUUGCCAAGAGAGACUUCUUAGGGAAAAUAUUUUUUUUUCCAAAAAUUGCUGAAAUAUUGUUUUCCCAUUUUUAAAAAGUCUCAGGUUAUUACCACUCUGCCAUUAAAUAUUUGUAUGCCUGCAUUUUUAAAAAUUCUGUGCAUGUACUUUAUAGAGUACAUUCUAUUUCUGUUUUCAGAUACCCUACAACCAAUUUUUUUAGUAAUCUUUCAGAAUAAAAAUUAUCAUAAAUGAUUGAAAAUAAUCAUCACAUAGUUUAAGAUUGUAUGUGUUCAGUAGUUUAAAACAAUCUUUGCAUUUGACCGCAAGAAUCAAAGUCCCUUCAGUGUGCCUUUGUCAGCUAAUAUGUGACCAGCAAUGACAAACUUGGGAGUAUUUAUUAAAUGUUAUACUAUGAAUAUAGGCAACAUAGGACAGGGUUUGCAGUAUAGAGUCUUGAUGCUAAAUUCUCAUACACCUCUACAUGAGAAAUAUGGAGGAGAAAAACAAGCAUUUACAUAUAUUCUUCAUCACUUUGAAGAUGCAUGGCCUGAACUCGACUGCUUGUGUUUGUUUACAUAUCAGGCAUAGCCAGGCAUCUCCUGUAGCCAGAGGUUCCAUUGCUGUCUUUGCUCAGUCCUCUUUUAAAAUAUGAAUUAGUGGACAGGUGCGGUGGCUCACACCUGUAAUCCCAGCACUUUGGGAGGUUGAGGCAGGUGGAUCACGAGGUCAGGAGAUCAAGAUCAUCCUGGCUAACACCAAAACCCCAUCACUACUACAAAAAAAUUAGCCGGGCGUGGUGGCGGGCACCUGUAGUCCCAGCUACUCAGGAGGCUGAGGCAGGAGAAUGGCAGGAACCCGGGAGGCAGAGCUUGCAGUGAGCCAAGAUUGCGCCACUGCACUCCAGCCUGGGCAACAGAGCAAGACUCCAUCUCAAAAAAAAUAAAAAUAAAAAAUAAAAAUAAACUAUGCAUGAGUAUUUUCUAGAAAUUCAACUUGCUAAGCCUGUAAUACUUAAGGGUAGUUUAUCUAGAUACAGUACUUUCUUCCCUGAUAAGUAGUAUCAUUGGAGCCCUUAGGUAUAGGAGAAGAGGAAGAAGUUUAAAAAGUGUACCUGGGCUGGGUGUGGUGGCUGACUCCUGUAAUCCCAGCACUUUGGGAGGCUGAGAGGGGCAGAUCAUGAGGUCCGGAGAUCGAGACUUUCCCGGCUAACACGGUGAAACCCCGUCUCUACUAAAAAUACAAAAAAACAUUAGCCAGGCGUGGUGGCGGGCACCUGUAGUUCCAGCUACUCGGGAGGCUGAGGCAGGAGAAUGGCUUGAACCCAGGAGACGGAUCUUGGCAGUGAGCCGAGAUCGCGCCACUGCACUCCAGCCUGGGCGACAGAGCAAGACUCCGUCUCAAAAAAAAAAAAAAAAACUGUUUAAGUGGAUUAAAAGAGAAACUUGGUCUAGUUCAUAAUAUUUUUAAUAGGGCUUUCCCUGGCUGCUGGAAAACUUAGGCCAGUAAGCAUCUCUUUGUUUAAAGUCCUACAAGACAAUUUGAAAUAAUUCAUUGUUCAUGCCAAAAUUCUAAGUACUGUUUUUCUUAGCAAGUGUAAUAUAAUCGGGAAAAAUGGGUACAAGUAAAACAUUCUUUGGAUCAUACUCAAAGCCUUAUUAGCACUGCACCUGAAUAAUAGGUAAUUUGCCUCACUCAUUUGCCAAAGUAGCCAUUUCUAAGUUAAGGAAGUUUUUAGGUAGGCUCAUAGCCUUGUGUUUCAUUUUAGAUUGUAAGCUCAAUGGCAGGGAUACUAUAUCGAUAAUUAUGUUUUCAUACAGCAACCAUCACAGUAUAUUCUUGGUGCUUAAUAAAUGUUAAUAAUUGUUAACAAUAA